CUUCGUACAACCGGACCUUAUGCAUCCCAUGGGCCCCACUAUUUGCUUGCUUUGCUAUGCACUAGAACCAUAAACACUACAGUACGUAGUUUAAGAAAAGAACAACACACAAAAUAAAAUGAAGUGGAAUCAACCAACCAGCUAACCGAAAAUUUUAGUAAAAGUAUACAAGGUAUAAUUCCAAAUCCCAUUCUCAGGACGAGAGAAGUUGAUAAAAUUCACUAACUUCCAAACAUGCCAAAAUGAAAAAGUCACAGAUUUUUCCAAGAUUUUCUUCCCUCAAAUGCUACAGUCUGGACGAGCUGACGAGCUCUUUUCCAAUUAAAAAAAAGAUUGAAGGGCCACAAGCAUUCAGCUUUAAAACCUCUUUCUUUUCCUUUUAGCCUGAUUUUCAAAAUCAACUGCCUUUUUGUCUCACGAGACCUUCAUAUCAUAACCAUUUCUAAGUUCCCUGGUAACUAUAUAUAGGACACCAAAUCAUAAUAAUAAAGGUUGAUUCAUCAGCAGAAACAAACUACAAAAAGCAGGGGCAGUGAAUGAGUGUGAUGAACAAUUCUUUGUGUGGUAGCAUGGAGAAUUUAAAGAAUGACAUAAAAAGUGAGGUUGGCAGCUUAAAGAGUGAAAUAGGGAGUUUAAAGAGCGAGAAUUCAUACAGCAAGCUGCCGAUAGAUGACUCUCUUGCUUAUUCUGAAUCCAAGAAAGUCUCCUCUGACUUUGAACUUAAUUGUGGCAGCUUAGCACCUACCAGUCUCACUUUCCCUGCCAAAUUCGAAGUGGACGAUGAUGUUGAAAUCCAAUCUCCUGAUAACUCAAAUUGGGAAUCCUUCUUUGCUGAUCAGCUCGAGGGCGAUUUCAUGAUCUCUUCCCCCAUCAGGAACCUUCCCUCGCCUCAACCUGCUUCCAGUUUCAGUACUACUACUCACCAUAACAACAACAACAAUAACUAUAACGCUUACGCACAUCAUCAGGGAAUUCAUGGGCCGAGCAUGAUGAUGUGCUCCCCUCCUCGUUCUCCCCUGGGACCUAAUAAUUACCACUCGAGUAAUAAAGGCAAGGGUCUCAGCCCACUCCAGAGAGUUUUCAACUCUCCUAACAAUAACCAGUUCAUGCAAAUUGAGAGUUUUAACCUGCCAGCUCUUGAGAGUUUCUUGGAUGAUGAUUAUGAAAAGGAGGAUCUAGCAUCCUCUUAUUCCACGCUCAAAGUUUCAGGUAGUGGUGUAGCAGGUUCCUCUUCCGAGUCGUUUGAUGCUCUGUCGUUAGUUCCUGAUUUGUUGGAGUGCCUGGCGUUGCCAAAUUCAUCAUCCAAUUCGUCCGGUAGCCUCAUGGGAUCAUUACUCAGCAACACAUCUGCCGGUCAAGUAUUUAGCCAAGACGAUGAGAUUUUCCAGACGGGUUCUAUUGCUCCUUUGUCACAACAGCUACAUCAAGAACGGCAGCAUGAAAAGCAACAAAGACCAAUACAUGUUCAACCACCAUCAACACAACAACAACAUACGCAAAUUAUCAAUCACAACUUAAUUGUUGCUGCACCUGAUCAUCAGGAACAGGACAGUGGCUUACAAUUGGUGCACCUUCUCCUAGCGUGUGCAGAAGCAGUCUCCAAAGAGGACUACAUGUUGGCAAGACGAUAUCUUCACCACCUGAAUCGAGUAGUCACCCCGAUCGGUGACUCCAUGCAACGUGUCGCUUCCUGCUUCACCGAAGCUCUUAGUGCUAGACUUGCAGCAACACUAGCCACUAAACCCAGCUCUUCUAACCCUAAACCUUUUAACCCUUUUCCUCCUAAUUCCCUCGAAAUCCUUAAGAUCUAUCAGAUUCUUUACCAAGCCUGCCCUUAUGUCAAAUUCGCUCAUUUCACAGCUAAUCAAGCCAUAUUUGAGGCAUUCGAAGCUGAAGAGCGCGUUCAUGUUAUUGAUUUAGACAUCCUUCAAGGUUAUCAAUGGCCGGCUUUUAUGCAAGCGUUAGCAGCCCGACCAGGUGGUGCUCCGUUCCUUCGUAUCACAGGAGUCGGCCCGUCUCCCGAAGCAGUUAGGGAAACGGGCCGAUGUUUAACCGAACUGGCCCACUCCCUGCAUGUUCCGUUUGAAUUUCACCCAGUGGGCGAGCAACUUGAGGAUUUGAAACCACACAUGUUUAACAGAAGGAUCGGCGAGGCUCUGGCCGUGAAUUCCGUGAAUCGACUCCAUCGAGUUCCAGGGAAUUGUAUUGGCAACUUGUUAGCUAUGAUCAGAGACCAAGCCCCAAAUAUAGUAACAAUCGUAGAGCAAGAAGCUAGCCAUAACGGACCAUAUUUCCUAGGCCGGUUCUUAGAAGCGUUGCAUUACUAUUCGGCGAUAUUUGAUUCGUUGGACGCGACAUUUCCAGCAGAUUCAUCACAGAGGGCAAAAUUGGAACAGUACAUAUUCGCACCGGAGAUAAUGAAUAUAGUGUCGUGUGAGGGAGGGGAGAGAGUGGUGCGACACGAGAGGUUGGAAAAGUGGAGGAGGUUGAUGGAAGGAAAAGGGUUCAAAGGAGUAGCACUAAGUGCAAACGCAGUGACACAGUCAAAAAUAUUACUGGGACUCUACUCAUGUGAUGGUUAUAAAUUGACAGAGGACAAUGGUUGCUUGCUUUUGGGCUGGCAAGAUAGAGCUAUUCUUGCGGCCUCUGCAUGGCGAUGCUGAUUUAAUUUCUCCAUUGCUCCCUUUCCUUCUUCUCAAAUUAUUACUUGUAUGUGUCGAUUAACCUUGUUUUCUAGUUUUCAUAAUAUUUCUCUUUCGGAAUGUGCUGAUUUAUGUUUUUGUUAAGCACAUAAAUCAAAAGUCACGGAAAUGCCCAAGAGGAAAAGGCAAUCAAACAAAAUUAUCAAAGUUCUAGAUAGUUUUUUUUUUCUUUUUAUUUCUUGUGUGACCAGAAAAGGACCUCUAAAGAUGGAUUAGGUCAACAUUAAUUUAUUCAUGUAUUAUGCUUCUUUUUUUUUUAAUUAAGUCAAAUCAUUCGUUUGAAUAUUAUAGUAAUACGUACAAGGAAGGGAUAGCUCAAAUUGCUCCUCACUGUCGUAACCAGUGGAUUAGGUCAACAUAUAAUCUCCAAUACGUAACCUCCGGACUUGAGGAUGCUGCUUAAGUAAUUUUUGGGGAAUUUCAAAUCAUAUGUCCCUG